AUGCGCUUUCACGCUGCCUCCGCCAUCUCAGCAGCUGCUCUGCUUGCAGGGUCAGUCCGCGCUGAUGCUCAAUCAGUUUUGAGCGACGCCAGCUCUUCCGUUGCGAGUGCUGCGAGCGAAGCUACUUCUGCUACUUCAACUUCAGCAAUUGAGCUUCCUACAUACACUCCUUCCAAGAUCAAGGCGCCAUUCCUGGAACAGUUCGAUGAUCUCUCCAGAUGGAAAGAAUCGCGAGCCAAGAAGGAUACCAAGGGCAGCGAAAAGGAAGACGAAGCUUGGGAAUAUGUUGGAAAAUGGGCGGUCGAAGAGCCAACCGUAUACAAGGGAAUGGAAGGUGAUAAGGGACUUGUUAUGAAAGAUGUUGCAGCCCAUCACGCUAUUUCCGCUAAAUUCGACAAGAAGAUUGAUAACAAGAAGAAGACUCUUGUUGUACAAUACGAAGUCAAGUUGCAGAAUGGACUUUCAUGUGGUGGAGCUUACUUGAAAUUGUUGAGAGACAACAAGGCGCUUCACCGUGAGGAGUUCUCAAACAGCUCCCCAUACGUCAUCAUGUUCGGUCCAGACAAGUGUGGUUCCACCAACAAGGUCCACGUUAUCAUCAACCACAAGAACCCAAAGACUGGAGAAUACGAGGAGAAGCACCUUUCCUCCCCACCUGCCGCAAGAAUCGUCAAGACCACCGAAUUGUACACCUUGAUUAUCCACCCAAACAACACUCUUAUUAUCAAGCAAGGUGACGAACAAGUCAAGGAGGCAAACCUUCUCGAGGACUUCCAGCCAGCUUUCAACCCACCAAAGGAGAUUGAUGAUGAGAAGGAUUCCAAGCCUGAUACCUGGGUUGAUGAGCCACAAAUCGCAGAUCCAAAGGCCGAAAAGCCAGCAGACUGGGAUGAGGACGCUCCAUUUGAGAUUGUUGAUGAGAGUGCUGAGAAGCCAGCUGAUUGGUUGGAGGAUACUCCAUUGACCAUUCCAGACCCAAGCAGCAAGAUGCCAGAGGAUUGGGAUGAGGAGGAGGAUGGAGAUUGGGUCGCCCCAACUAUUCCUAACCCUGCUUGCGAUGAUGUUUCCGGAUGUGGGCCAUGGGAGAAGCCAAUGAUCAGAAACCCAGAAUACAAGGGCAAAUGGACCGCUCCUUUGAUUGAUAACCCAGAGUACAAGGGUGUCUGGGCUCCACGCAAGAUUGCAAACCCCAACUACUACGAGGACAAGACACCUUCCAACCUUGAGCCAAUGGGCGCUGUUGGAUUUGAGCUCUGGACCAUGGACAAGGAUAUUCUAUUCGACAACAUCUACAUUGGUCACUCUGUUGAGGAUGCUGCCAAGUUUGCUCAAGAGACCUUCCACGAGAAGCACCCAAUUGAACAAUUGCUUGAACUUGAGGAUAAGCCAAAGGAAGAAGAAAAGCCAAUCAAGUCACCAAGUGACCUCGUCUUCAUGGAUGACCCAGUCCACUACAUCAAAGAAAAGCUUGACCUAUUCUUCACUAUCGCUCAGAACGAUCCUAUCCAAGCUAUUAAGUUCGUUCCAGAAGCCGCAGGUGGUCUCGCCGCUGUUCUCAUCACUUUCCUCGCUGUCAUCAUUGGUGUUGUCUCCAUGGGAGGUUCUACCCCACCACCACAAGUCAAGAAGGCAGCCGCAGACGCAAAGGCCGCCGCCAUUGAUGCUAAGGACAAGGUUGCUGAAGCAGUUGCUUCAGGUACUGAGCAAGCCAAGGAACAGAUUAAUAAGAGAUCUACCCGUAGCACGUCAUAG